GAAACUAAGAAGUCCUCUGGGAAGGAAAAUCUAACUAUUCAACCAUAUAUGAAGCAUCCUUUGCAGAACAGAUGGACCCUCUGGUUUUACAAAAAUGAUAAAACUAAACCCUGGCAGGCAAAUCUUCGUCUUGUUACUAAAUUUGACACCGUGGAGGAUUUUUGGGCAUUAUACAAUCACAUUCAACUUGCCAGUAGGUUGAUGUCAGGUUGUGAUUACUCUCUCUUUAAGGAUGGUAUUGAACCAAUGUGGGAGGACAACAGAAACAAGUGUGGUGGAAGAUGGUUAAUCACACUGUCCAAGCAGCAAAGGAUGCUUGAACUAGAUCAAUUUUGGCUAGAAACGCUGCUAUGCCUUAUUGGAGAAGCUUUCGAUGAUUAUAACAAUGACGUAUGUGGUGCAGUAAUUAAUGUCCGAGCAAAAGGAGAUAAAAUAGCAAUAUGGACCCGUGACACUGAAAACCAGAAAGCGGUUUUACAUAUAGGAAAAACCUACAAGGAAAGGCUUGGUCUUCCCAUGAGGAUUGUGAUUGGUUAUCAAGCACAUGCAGACACUGCUACAAAGAGUGGAUUUGGAGUGAAAAACAAAUUUGUUGUUUGA